AGUCACUUGCAAGCACCCUGGUUAGAAUAAUAUAUUAUUUUACAAUGGCGAGUCGCCCGAACAACGGUGAAAACAAUAUCGGGUUUUCCGAACAAACCGACGCAUAUCUUCGGCGGAUUUUAAUGGACCGCGUGUAUGCAAAUGACGACGUGCUUUUCACGAAAACUUUCAAACCACCCAAAGAUGACGACAAGAUUGCGCCGAGUCUCAAAACACCCCAGGCUACUUUCUAUAAGGACGACAUUCCCUCUCUAACACAGGCAAACCGACCAUUUUACACCUUGUUGAGAGCCCUGGGCUGCGUGCCGUACGAUUUAAAUCCUAGGGGUGAUGUGACAGCUAAUAAAUUCGUCGUGGUUUACUCUAUUGCGUUCUACUGUAUCGUUCUGUACGCCGUUUAUCAAGAAGCGCCAAAGAGCCUCAACUUUUCAGGCACGCUGGAUAAUUCAGUUGAUAACAUGGGAACAUUGGUCAGCUAUGCCAAGGUGGCUCUUGUUCCAUUCAUAAUUUGGCUGCCAUUUCGCAGAGUCAGCAACUUUUUCAAAGCGACUUUUAAAUUUCACAUGAAUUUCUUUCGCAUGACCGGAGAAGUUAUAGUUUUGGAAUGGGAGAAGUACACGCCUUACAUCGCUACGGGGAUUCCUGUUUUCAGCGCGUGCAUUGUGCUUUAUUACUAUUUAAGCAUGCAUGAAAUAAUGAACAUGAACAUAUUAACACUACUCCUUUCAUGGUCGACUUAUGUCGUGACAAUUGGGAUGGACUUUUUAUGGUGCACACCGCUAAUGAUUUUGGGAAAAACUGCAGAGCGACUCAUUUCAAGUCUCAAGAACAAAUUUCAAAAGGUAGAAAAAGAUUCUGCAAUGCAAGAGUACUUAGUUAGGGAGUACCGCGCACUUUGGCUCGAUCUUUCAAAGGCACUUCAGUCGAACAAUGACGUGAGCACCAUGACCUUCACUUACCACGCGUUGCACGUCUUUUUGAUGCUCACCCUCAAUUUGUACGGACUUUUAAACGGACUCAGACAACCCUGGUCCACAAACCAAAAUAUGCGCCUGAUCGGAACGAUCCUUUUCUUGGUGGAGCUUUGGCUGAUGGCAAACGCAGCGCACUAUUGCACUACAAAGUUUGAAGACAUUCAAUGGGACCCUUUUUUCCUAAUACCGUCCAUCGAGACGGCGGAGGCAGUGAGGCGAGAGAUGUCGACUUUUUUGGACGUGGCCGUCGCCGCGCCUCACGUCGUUGACAUUGGCGGCUUCGUUUGUAUCAACCGCAGUUGGCUGACCAAUAUGCUGGGGAAUUUACUGAGCAGUCUUAUCAUCUUGCUUCAGUUCAGAGUCCAGCAGACCGACGAACCAUUGACCACACCGUCUCCGAGCAUUGUGGAUAACAAGACCACUCUAACAGGAACAUAAAAUAAUUUUUUCUUAAUCGAAGAGAAAGCUUUCAAAAUAAAAAAAGUAGUACUUGUUUUGCACAUUUUGAUUUAAAAAAAAAAAAUUUGCGGAACCAUUAGUCAUUUGCAAAAUAAGUAUUUAGUUUAGUUUUUAGCGAAGAAAAUUUGUAAUUUUUUUUUUUUAAUUCAUUAAAUAUAAAUAAUCAAUCAAAUCAAAUGAGAGAAGCAUGGAUGGGAAAAGAAGAACAGAUUUAAAAGUAUCAAAUGUUGAAUGCAAGAUAAAAUUUCAGCUUUCUCCCAUAACUAGACGUGGCUCAAGAACAAUGACAAAAAAAAAAUACUUAUUCUUCACUUAGUUCAGACUAAACAUUGUUGACUCACUAGCUGCACACGCACUCUUCGCAGGAAUGCUUCUUUGGAUGUAGAGAACUGGUUUGCAAAAUAAAAGCAAGGGUGAAAACCAGAUUGUCUCGCUUACUGGAGUACUCGUGCGCUUUAUUUAUUGCUUUUCCUUUAACAAGCUACAAAAAAUGUCGCCAAGCAGCGAUGUGAAAGCAUUUUCCUGAACUUAAAUACUGAAUCUUUGCAGGCAAAGUACCUACUGCCGACUUCCGUUUUCUUUCGCAUCACGCAGUUCAUUUUAUGGUUAUUGAGGCGUUUAUUGCCACUGAAAAAAUGAUAUAAGUGUUAUUUUAAAUAAAGCGAGCCUCCCAGGUUGGCAGCUAAAGAAUUUUCACUCUAUUUAUCA